AUGGCUCCGAUGGAGGUUGACGAGGCUGCUCCAGCACUCUUCGCGCAAUGUCGGUUUGCGCUGGUCUGCGGCGACGGCCUGGACGAUGAUGCUGCAAAGAAGCUUGCAAGCACCCUGAAAUUGCACGGUGGAGAAAUUGUGACUGAUCAAUACGAUGGCGAAAAUCUACCACUUGAAGAACUCACCCAUAUCAUUUGCGCCACAUGCGACUUUCCCAGCUAUGAUGCCGCGUCAGACGCUUUGAUACCAGUAAUCAAACCACACUGGGUCGAUGCUUCCCUGGCAAAAUCAAAGCUCGCCAAUCCUCGUCAAUAUAGUUCAGAUCCUCGAUUGAUCAUGUCUAAUGUCGUUAUUUGCUGUGCCGACUUGCCCGAAGGAGACAAAGAUGCGAUCAUUGGUGGUGUACUUGCGAUGGGAGGAUUGCAUUCUGCAAAAGUUUCGAGCAUGGUUACACAUAUCGUCGCGUUGACCAUGGAUUCGGAAAUCUGCAGAAGUAUUGCUAUGAGGAAGCUCAACAUGAAGAUUGUUUUGCCUCAUUGGUUCGAUGACUGUCUCAAACUCGGACGCCGGAUCGACGAAAACCCAUACCUCCUCCCAGAUCCUGAGAUCCUUCGCCACUCUAAUGCUAUCGCACCGAGGGCUGCAGAAAAUGGACAUCUCACUGGUGCCAUUGACCCUGAUCCAUCUCAUGCUCCGUCUUCAACCACCAUCCGCUCACCACGUGGUCCCCUUCAGGUCUUCGCCAGGAAGAAAGUUAUGUUGUCUCAAGAUCUUGGUAUAGGCAGUCAUCUCAAGGAUGUCCUAAAGGAUUUAAUCGAGGAAAGUAGCGGUCAUGUGACUGAAGAUUCGCGCAAGGCCGACAUGUUCAUAUGCAAGUAUCGUGAGGGGCCUGACUACCGUCUGACGUCGCAAGCUGGCAAAGACGUUGGCAACCUCGCUUGGCUCUACUAUCUGAUCACCAACAACUCUUGGACGUCGCCUAUGCGUCGGUUAUUACACUAUCCUAUUGCUCGCAAUGGCCUUCCCGGAUUUCAAGGGCUCCGCAUCAGCUUGUCCAACUACAGUGGAGAGGCUAGAUUAUAUCUGGAGAAUCUCAUCACAGCUGCAGGUGCAGAGUGUACAAAAACACUGAAACAGGACAAUACCCAUCUAAUCACUGCACACAUCAUGAGCGAGAAAUGUGCGGCCGCAAAGGACUGGGGAGUGCACAUUAUCAAUCAUCUGUGGCUAGAAGAAAGCUAUUCGAAAUGGAAAUUACAGAGCAUCACAAAUUCCCGAUAUACGCAUUUCCCUCGUCGAACCAAUCUAGGAGAGGUGGUAGGGCAAACGAAAAUCGAUCGUCAUGCUUUGGAGCAUUAUUUUUUCCAUACCGAGGAUACGGAAAUGGAAGACGCUAAGGAUCAAUCACAACCCAUGCAACGGAAAGAUCCAAACAUGGCGCCAAUACCAACUAGCAGUUCGGUAAAUACCCCUCGAACGCCUCACGUGAGACAGAAGGCAGCCAGAAACAGUGCUCAUGCUGCCGGGACGCCGCGGCAUUCCACAGGUGUGGAAAGAAAGUCAGAGGCCGGCAAGAUGCGGACUCCGGCAGCAGGACGGAUUGUCAGUGACGGCAAAGAGAACCAAACCCCCUCAACAACGAGUAGUCGCAAGGCUAAAGAUGCAGCGGCCGCACGUCUCCAUGACAUUGUUUCGGAUAUCACUUUGUACGAAAAAGAAAAGAAAAGAGUAGGUGGUGUUGUCUAUGGUGGACGUCGAAAGAACGACCCUGAUCGAGUGGGGGCUGAUCGGAAGAGGUCAAUCACUGAGGAUCCUGAUAGUGAUGCGACUGAGGGCGGAGAGUCGAAACGAUUGCGGACUGGUACGGCUCGAUCGACGAUUCACUUACUAGUAUCAGGAUACAAGAAAUGGGUUUCACAUCCAAAACUCGAGGAUGCCAACAAGAAACAAUUAAGAGAUCUUGGAAUCAUUGUGACGCAAGACCCAUCUCGCGCAAGUCAUCUUGCAGCUCCAAGCAUCCUUCGGACCCACAAAUUUAUCUCAGCCAUGGCGUACGCGCCAACCAUCGUAUCCACUGAUUUCAUCGACCAAUGCCUUGAAGAAAACGAAUUCCUACCCCCUGAAGACUUCCCGUUGCAAGACAAAGCAAAUGAGAAGCGCUUCCAGAUUUCGCUCGCCGAAUCGCUGAAGCGAGCUAAGGAGAACCACAACAAGCUAUUUGAAGGUCGCACGAUAUACUGCGUGGAGAUUAUCAAUGGAGGUUUCGACACAUACAAGUCCAUCAUCGAAGCCAAUGGAGGUCAAUGUAAUAUGUAUCGAGGAAGACCCGGGACAAUGGUGCCGUCACGACGAGCGGAUAGUGAAACAAGUACGGCAGAGGAGGCAACCCAGGCAGAAGUCUUUUUGAUCAGCGGCCAAGACCAGGAACGCCUCUGGUCCAGGUUCCGACACAUGGCUGAGAGAAGCAGGAAGAUCCCCAGAAUUGUGCGAUCGGAGUGGUUGAUUGAAUCGGCUAUGGCGCAGAAGAUCCUGCCAGUUGGUCCUCAUGAGCUUCGCUGA